AGCGUGAAAGAAUAAGAACGUGACAUGUUUCAAACACAUAGGGUUGGUUUAAAACUUUACCGCCAUGAGCGAAGAUGUAAGAGUGAAGCAGUCGCGAAGAAAGCAAAAAUAUUGCGCUUACUUUCGCUACCAUGUUAAAAAGUAAGAUCGUAUUUCAAAUUUUCAUUUCUUGAGCCGAUGAUUACCAAGAGGCUACCUUCCGACCCAACCUUCCUCUGACGCCGGCGUGGCAAACCAGGAGAGAGGUCGACCUGCGACGGCCGACAGUCUGGUGCGGGAGAGGAAUGAGCCUAAAGUGGCUAAGAGAAAGGCACCAUUUCUUCCUCCGAGUUAUCUCUCUUUCUGCUCCCCUCUUGUUUCUUCGUAAAUCCGGGCGUAUUCGGCCUGGAAGGCAGAUAUCGCUUGCCAGAAAGAAAGAAAGAGCUAAAGGUAACCAUCGUCUGUGACGGCGCAAUCUCGUGGGCUAUAUGUUCGAACGAUAGGGCCUUGAAGGGAAAAGGAAUAGCCGAAAGAUGUUCAAUAGAGCAUAUUCUGCUGAUAUUGAAGAAUUAUUGAAUCUCGGGACAAUGUGUAGAGAGCUGCAGAAAGAAAAUGACUUGUUAAGGGAAUCUCUGUCAGUUGAGCAGUCCAAGAGUAACCUGAUAAUCAAGAAGUUGGAGUUGGAUGUAGACGUACUUUCUGAGGCUCGUUCAGAGGAUAAAAAAUUGAUAGAGGAACUGGAAAGUCAGAUAAGGAACUGUUCUCUUCAAAUGGAAUACUUACAGGAUCAGUUACAUUUGAAGAAUGUAGAAGCAAAUUGCGUAGCUGAGCAUGUGCACAGCCUAGAGUUGAAGCUUUCAGAGUUUCGUAAGUUGAGUGAGAAAGUGCACCAGAUGAGGAAUGAUUACUUAAAAUCUGAAUCUGAUCGCUUAAUUUUGAUGCAAGAGUUAGAGCAGAACAAAUUGGAUCUUCAAGAUUCUGCAAGGUGUAUAAAUAAGCUGGAGGCAACUAUUUCGUCGAAUACGCUGGAAUUUCAAUGCGAGAUAGAGACUUUGAUGCUUGAUCUGUCUGCAUGUGAGGAGAAAUGUGCUCAAGCUGAGGGAUACAGUGAACAGUGUACGAGGGAAACAGCUAGGAUGGCGUCUUUGCUAAGCCAAUUGGAUAUCCAUCUUCUGGAGGGGCAGCAAAUGAUCAAUCGAUUGAAGAAUGAGAAGGAAUCAUUACAAGAGAGGCUAGGGAAAUUCAAGCAGCAAACCAUAUCAUUUUGUUGUAAGCUAGAUGAAUAUAUUAAUGAGCAGGAGAAGGAUUGUAGCCAAUGGAGAACUAAUAUGAGCUCCCACCCGUCUGUUUCUAUUGCACUGGAUGAUUCUCUACCAAUUGAAAAGGAAAUGUGCAUUGGUGAAGAAAUUUUUGGCCCAUUGCUUUCAAAAAUGGCAGUUGUAAGAUGCUGCGACAAGAAGUUACUGGAGAAGAGAGAGAGGGUGACAUCUGAGCUCAGUGUAUCUAAACUUGUCAAGAAACUUCAGGAGGAGUUGAGAGCAGAGAAGUGUAAGGCAAAAGAAGAUGCAGAAGAUCUUGCUCAGGAAAUGGCUGAAUUGCGCUAUAAUACCACAGAAUUGCUUGAAGAAGAACGCAAGCGACAUGCUUUCAUUGAGCAAGCAUCUCUUCUAAGGAUAAAGGAGUUAGAAGCAAAUGUAUGCGAUGAGCAUCAGAAAUUUUUGGCUGCUGAGAGGCAUCUGUUCAGAGCAGAGGAACUGUCUGAAUCUCGAUACAAAGAGAUUCUUCGUCUAAAUGAUACUUUAUUGAACUUACAAACUGGCAACGACCUUAAGACAAUUGUGCAAAGGGUAGAGACAUGCACUUGUGGGGCCUGUGGAUUAUCUGAGCCUCUUAAUUCAAGCCAUACAAGCUGAAAGGAUACCGAAAGGGUACUUCUCUUGGAUAGUUGUGCCAUUGUUCAUUUUCUUUCGAUUGGUUAUUGUGUCAAUUGUUGGCCAUGUUUUCACAAAUGCAAGGAAACAUAUGGUCAGAUUGCAGCAAAUCUGGGAUUUGUGGUUGAAUUUGUUCGUGUAUUUUAGCUUUGUGUCAAUUGUUGGCUAUGUUUUCACAAAUGCAAGGAAACAUAUGGUCAGAUUGCAGCAAAUCGUGUAUUUUAGCUUUGUAUAUUCACAUUUUAUUCCAUUCAUUAAUAGAAAAGCCUAUUGUUGUAAAAGAA